GGCGGGAGCGGCGGAGGCGGCGGGAGAGCGGGCUGCGGCGCCGCUCUGAGCGCCCAGGCCCCUCGCGCCGCCGCACCGGAGACCAGCGCCGCGCGCCGAGGCCGCCCGUGCCGUCCGUGCGGCUCUACGCCCCGCGCCCUCCGAGCCGCCGGCCGUCCAGGGCACCCCUUUAGCCCCAGCCUCCGCCGGGCCGGGAUGGCCGCAGCCCGCGGCUGAGCGAGCCCGGGGGGGCCCCAUGGGCCGGCCCGCGCCGCGGCCCCCCCGCGGCCGCCCCCUCCGGCCCGGGCCCCCCCGGGCGCCGCGGGCCCAGACAGCCCGGAUGGCGGUCGCAGCGGCAGGGGCAGGGGCCGGGGCUGGCGCGGGCGGCAGGCGCGGCCGCCACUGACGGCUAGUUGGGAGCCCAGAGCAGACGGAGGCCGUGUGGCUGACCAUCCCGUGCACGCAGGCCGAGGAUGCAGCGCUGGAAGGCGGCGGCCUUGGCCUCGGUGCUCUGCAGCUCGGUGCUCUCCAUCUGGAUGUGUCGGGACGGCCUGCUCCUCAGCCACCGCCUCGGACCCGCGCUGGCCCCGCUGCGCCGGCCCCCUCGCACCCUGGACGCCCGAAUCGCCCGCCUGGCCCAGUACCGUGCACUACUGCAGGGCGCCCCGGACGCGGUGGAGCUGCGCGAGCUGACGCCGUGGGCCGGGCGGUCCCCAGGUUCGCGCCGUCGGGCGGGGCCCCGGCGGCGGCGCGCACGCGCGCGGUCGGGGACACGGCCGUGCGGACUACGCGAGCUCGAGGUGCGCGUGAGCGAGCUGGGCCUGGGCUACGCGUCGGACGAGACAGUGCUGUUCCGCUACUGCGCAGGCGCGUGCGAGGCGGCCGCGCGCGUCUACGACCUGGGGCUGCGGCGCCUGCGCCAGCGGCGGCGAGUGCGGCGGGAGCGGGUGCGCGCGCAGCCCUGCUGCCGCCCGACGGCUUACGAGGACGAGGUGUCCUUCCUGGACACGCACAGCCGCUACCACACGGUGCACGAGCUGUCGGCGCGCGAGUGCGCCUGCGUGUGACCCUACCUCACUGGGCCCGGCGAGAUGGUGGCCACGCCUCCCGUCCCGACGGCACCCACCGUCUGGCCUGGCAAGCCCCACGACGGACUGCCCAUGGGCAGAAGAUGCCGUCGAGGCCUCAGGACUCUCGUGAUAACUGUACUAAAAUAAAGAGUGUAAAAUCGA